GCCUCCCGAGUUGCCUGGCAGCAUCGCACGCGUGGUUUGGACAGGCUAAGCAAGGGUCACGUCACAGCACUGUCCUUCGAUGUCCGAGUGUCGCUAAAGAGCCGCGCGACUGUGUACAAGGCGUUGGCGCUCUGGGCUGUGAUCUCUUGGUGGAUUCGCCCGAUCUGGACAACUGCACAAGCCGGAUUGAGCCGUUGGACGGUCGGCCGGUCUUUAGGGAGAUAUUCGCAGCAGCCUGAUCACCAAGGCCCUUCCUUACACUAGGUAUAUGUCCACAUGGGCUGUGCAGGAAUGUGUGCUUUCGCGGUUAAGUCAGUACUUGAGACGGCGUUGAAUGUGAUGCUAAGUGUAGGUACGGAGUAACACAGGUCCCAGCAUUUACUCUGUUUUAGCACAUGGUGAUUGGAUUGCUAUGGUUAACAGGCUGGCAGGGUCGUCAGUCAGCAAAGGGGCUCAAAAGUAAAAAUAAAAAGAAAGCAGCCUCGUUGCUGACUGCAGGAUCCA